GGUUAGUGAUGCAGCGCUGUAUAACUGCUCGUGCUCUCUCAGGAUCUACGGAUCUUGGACCCACGAACAGAGGAUUAGAGACAGCCGUCCACCAUGUGAGACCUGACAUUCGGAUGGAAUGAUGCGGAAAGCAAAUCGCGAAUGAUAGUUUGAUAGAACACGAAGACCUAGAAUUUCAACAUGGUAGAGGCGUAAUAAAUGGGCUACAUAUGCAUCUACAUCGUUUGUAGAAUCCAUCGCAGUUGAGGAGGAUGGGCUCGCAACUGGUACAGACUUUGCGUCAAGGGGUUUGGGCAUCAUUGACCGGAGGAUGGUACCAUGACCCGGACCAGAACAAAUUCAAUAACUCCUGUCACCUCUAUUUGUGGAUGUUCCUUCUGAUGUUGCCACUGUUACUACAUUUGGCUCUUCCGCCCACCACCAUGGCACUUAGUAUAUACUGCACCUCAGUCACCAUCUUCUUCAUCAUCAUAAAGAUGGUCAACUAUCGCCUCCAUGUGAUGUUUGAUGAAGGCGACGUUGUGACCCCAAGCAGUCUCUCUGAUGUCAUCCAAGGUGCAGAGAAUAAAAACAACACCUCAGAUGCAUGUCUUCCAGCUAAAUUAAGGAAAAGCAGCACUGUUCCUGACAGUGUUGCCAUGACAAUGUUGACCAGAAACAGGCCGAAUCCAGUCAUCCAGGUUACAGUAAAACAGACAGAGACGGACCCUGGGUUGAUUGGAGUGGAGUGCCCAAAAUCAGAAAACUUAAAGAAUACUGAAGACCAGAGUGACAGUAUCCAUGAGGAGAAACAACCCACAGAGAGACUGCAGCCUGAGGAGGAGUUCUCCCCAGAGGACCUGUCUAGCCCCAACCCUGACCAGGCCACCCCUCUCCUGCUGGGGGAGCAGAAGCAUGUGGCUCAUAGGGAGAUUGCUGAUGAAGGAUUGCCCUCCUCCAAGGGGAGUGAUGAAGAAAGAAGCGAGCAGAAGGAACUGGAGAAACAGCCCCAACAGGACCCCAACAACAACUCUCUAGAUUACAUUCAGGAGCAUGAUGACCCCCUCCCACCUCCUCCUCAGCAUGACCAACCAGAGGAGACAUACUGCUCGGACGAGAUAGCUGUUGUCUUGGUUGACAACUCUGGCCCAUCAGACCGCCUGGACGAGAACGACACAUUCAAGAUCAUCAUCACAAUGAGCUGUGAUGCCCAGACGGCUGCGGAGCUGGAGGAGUCGGUCAAACAGAGCAUCCUGGAGUCUGCCCAGGCACAGAUGGUCAUCGGCCACCAUGGAGGGGCUGCUGGCAACUGCCUCAACAAAAUUCCUGUUAUCACCUUUGACUCGCCUGAGGAUGAUGAACAGAGUGGUGCAGAGAAUGAAGGGGAACCGUUAUCUAAGGUUGACCCUGCUCAGCUGCAGACUCCAAGCCCAGAUGGCCAGAUUACCAAAGAGUUGAUGAGCUCUGACUCUGCCGCUCUGGACUGCCGGGACCCCACCCCCCUGUCGACCACACCCGACAACAGCAAUUCUGGCAUCGACAUCCACUCCCACCCUGAUGAGAACGACCCUCCAGACCUCAAUGUGGAUGCAGAUGGCUUCCUGCGAAUCCCGUCUACGUUCAGGAAGUACGGCCCAGGGGGCAGGACACACGUGCGAGGCCUGAGCAUGGACAGUGGGAAAGAUGCAGUCCUCAUUGCGGACAGAUCACAGAACAGACAGACUACCAUGACCUCGUCUAAGUCAGACCUGGAGGCCAAGGAGGGUCAGAUCCCCAAUGAGACCAACUUUGUGGAGUUUGUUUCGCUGCUGGAGUCCAUUAACAGCACCAGGGGAGCCAGUGGAAACCCACCAGAGGAGGCGACAGAGGAGGGGGACAGAGCAGAGAAGGAAGAGGACGUCAUUGACGCUAACUCAGAGACAGAGAGCCAGCAAGAGCGUCCAAUCCCUCCCAAUACUCUGGCCACAACAGAAACCCUCCACACCAUCCCUGAAACACGGAUCCCCAUUGUGUCUCCAGACAGUCCCCAGACAGACCAGGAUAAAGAGCCAGACUACGACUCCUUGCCCUCCCAAACAUCUCAGUCAGAGAGCUCCAUGCUCCAGGUUAUAUGCAGACCAGAGGCCACUAACAAGGAGGACGCCUAUACUUUCCAUACAGUCCACAGAGACAGACCUCGUAAGCUGUAUGCUGAGAGAGCGCUAAACCUACCCCUGGGAGCUGAACUUAUCACAGGCAACAUGUGUGAUCUCCUGUCCACUUCCUCCAACUCGGAGUACCAGGACGAGCUGGCGGGCCCACACACAGACUGCCCCUUCCAGCGCCGCAUCAUCCCUGCACACAGGCUCCGGCCUCGGAGAACGCACCCCGAAAUCUUUCAGGAGGAGGACUCGAUCGGUGAGUCGUCAGAGACCUCCACACAGGAAAAGCCCUCUCCUAAGCUGUACUACAAGCUUAAGCUUUUUCCUGGGAAGUGGGUGAACAUCUUGUAUGACCGGCUGACCUUGUUGGCGCUAUUGGACAGGAACCAAGAUGUGGUGGAGAACAUAGUGGCUGUGUUCCUGGCCUUCCUGGUGGCCUUCCUGGGGUUUAUCCUGCUCAACCACGGUUGCUUCAAAGACAUCUGGGUUUUCCAGUUCUGCGUGGUCAUCGCUAGCUGCCAGUACUCGUUGUUAAAGAGUGUGCAACCUGAUGCAGCCUCGCCAACACAUGGACACAAUCAGAUUGUUGUCUACAGCCGGGCAGCUUAUUUCUGUAUCUUCUGUGGCCUUAUUUGGAUUCUGGAACAGAUGUUAAGAAGGAAGGACCUGCCUGUGUCCACUGUAUAUGGCAUCACCAUAGUAUUAGCAGAUGCUCUCACAUUCCUGAGAGACAUUUUAGUGGGCCUCACUUUCUGCUUUCCUAUCACAUUUCUCCUUGGCCUGUUCCCACAAAUCAACACCUUUAUGAUUUACCUGCUAGAACAAAUAGACAUUCAUUUCUUUGGUGGAACAGCUGCAACUGGACUCCACUCAGCAGUGUACAGCAUAUUCCGUAGUCUGACGGCAUUAUCUUUGCUGUACGGGUUCUGUUUUGGAGCUCUGAAGGAGCCCUGGGAUGAACAGCACACCCCAGCCUUGUUCUCUGGGUUCUGUGGCUUGCUGGUGGCUCUUUCCUACCAUCUGAGUAGGCAGAACAGUGACCCGACUGUACUGAUGUCUCUGAUCAAGUCCAAACUGAUGCCCACUCUUGUGGACAGUGAGGAAGAGGGGGAAGACUCAGAAGACAUCAAGGACCCUCUUCCCGAGAAGCUCAUGAAUUCAGUGAAGGAGAUUCUUCUUUCGGAUCUUGUGGUCUGCUCCAUUGCCUUCAUUUUAACCUUUGCUAUUACUUCAAGCACUGUCUUCCUGUCCCUAAAGCCCUUUGUGACCAUAGUACUGUAUGCUCUGGCAGGGACUGUGGGCUUUGUCACCCAUUAUCUCAUACCUCAGUUACGGAAGCACCACCCUUGGCUCUGGAUCUCUCACCCAGUACUAAAGAGCAAUGAGUACUCCCAGUAUGAGCCCAGAGACAAUGCUCAGUUGAUGUGGUUUGAGCGUCUGUACGUUGGCCUGCUGUGUUUUGAGAAAUACGUUGUUUACCCAGCCAUCAUUCUGAGUGCGCUCACCAAUGAUGGCUUCUCACUCAGUCACCGCAAGAAGCUAGGCAUCCACUGUGAUGUCUUGUUGAUGACAGUUGCUGGGAUGAAGCUCCUCCGCACCUCCUUCUGCAAUCCCAGCUUCCAGUUCGUCACUCUCAUCUUCACUAUCGUCUUCUUCGAGUUUGACUGCAGCAGAGCCUCUGAAACCUUUCUGCUGGACUUUUUUAUUAUGUCCAUUGUCUUCCACAAGCUCAGCGAUCUGCUUCACAAGCUCAACUUCAUCAUGGUUUACAUCGCACCGUGGCAGAUCUCAUGGGGCAGUGCCUUCCACGCGUUCGCUCAGCCCUUCGCUGUGCCUCACUCAGCUAUGUUGCUGCUGCAGACGUUCAUCACAACUCUGUUCUACACCCCUCUCAGCCCCUUCCUGGGCAGCGCCAUCUUCAUCACCUCCUACCCGCGGCCCGUCAAGUUCUGGGAGAGGAACUACAACACCAAACGUAUUGACAACGCCAAUAGCAGACUGGUAUCUCAGGUUGAUAAAGAGACAGGAUGUGACGACAACAACCUGAACUCCAUCUUCUAUGAGUAUCUGACACGCUCUCUGCAGCACUCUCUGUGUGGUGACCUGAUGCUGGGCCGCUGGGGGAACUACAGCUCUGGAGACUGCUUCAUCCUGGCCUCUGACUACCUCAACGCCUUCGUUCACCUCAUCGAGAUUGGCAACGGCCUGGUCACCUUCCAGCUCCGAGGCUUGGAGUUCAGAGGUACAUACUGCCAGCAGAGGGAGGUAGAGGCCAUCACUGAGGGUGUGGAGGAGGACGAUUCCUGUUGCUGCUGUGAGCCGGGCCACCUACCAAACGUCCUGUCCUGCAACGCGGCCUUCAACCUGCGAUGGCUGGCCUGGGAGGUCACCACCACCAAGUACCUGCUGGAGGGCUACAGCAUCAGCGAGAACAACGCUGCCACCAUGCUGCAGGUGUACGACCUGCGCAAACUGCUCGUCAGCUACUAUCUGAAGAGCAUAAUCUACUACCUGAUCGAGUCCCUGAAGCUACAGACGUGGAUCAAGGAUCCCUCUAUCACGAAGGCUCUGGUUUCCUACACCAAGUGGCACCACAUAGAGAGAGACCCGGCCGUGUUCAGCAUUAAGAUAGACGAGGACUACGUCCACUGCCUCCAGGGCGUCACCAGGGCCAGCUUCUGUAACAUCUAUCUGGAGUGGAUCCAGUACUGUGCCAACAAACUGGAGGAGCCUGUGGACUGUGACGAGGACUCCCCUCUGGUCACUCUGUGCUAUGCCUUGUCUGUGCUGGGCAGGAGAUCCUUGGGGACAGCAUCUCACAACAUGUUCAACAGUUUGGAGUCGUUCUUGUAUGGGUUCAACACUCUGUUCAAAGGAGACUUCCGUAUCGCUACUAAAGAUGAGUGGGUGUUCACAGACAUGGAUCUGCUGCAGAAAGUGGUGGUCCCAGGCGUGAGGAUGAGUCUCAAGCUCCAUCAGGACCACUUUACAUGUCUGGAGGAGACAGAGGAGCCAGCCAUCUUGUACAAGGCCAUUAGUAACUACAAGAUCAGUCUGGUGAUCUGCCAUGAGAGUGACCCAGCCUGGAGGAAGGCAGUUUUGUCCAGCCGGGACACUCUUCUCACACUGAGACACAUAGUGGACGACGGCACGGACGAGUACAAGAUCAUCAUGCUCUACAAACGCCACCUCAGCUUCAAGGUCAUCAAGAUCAAUAAGGAGUGUGUAAGGGGCCUGUGGGCCGGCCAGCAGCAGGAGCUGGUGUUCUUACGCAACCGCAACCCAGAGCGCGGCAGCAUCCAGAACUCCAAGCAGGCCCUCCGAAACAUGAUCAACUCAUCGUGCGACCAGCCGCUGGGCUACCCCAUGUACGUGUCCCCCCUCACCACCUCCUACAUGGGCACCCACAAGCAGCUGAGGAGCAUCUGGGGCGGCCCUCUCAGCCUGGACGGCAUCAAGACCUGGCUCUUGUCCAAGUGGCUGCGGGUGCGGAAGGAUAACCUGACCAGCUGUAACAGUGGUGUGAACAUGGAGGAUGUGGACUGUGCAGGGGGCUCCUCUUCUCUGAGCCACAACCCAAACUCCAUCACCUCCCAGAGCCUGAGUCUGUACCAGGCCAGGCCCAACAGGACCUCUCAGGCCAAUAGGCAGCACACUGCAGGGAGGAGAGAGUACCGGAGCCGCUCAGUGCAGCCCCAGAGCCAGCGGCCUCCAGUCACCAGCCGGCCCAUCCUGGAUAGCGAGCAGGUGUCAGCUUCGGCCAAUGGCCUGGUGCAGCGCCUCUCCAACAGCCAGCUGUCCUGCAACACCUCCAUCGCCUCCGUCUUCUCCCAGGUUCCACGACUCUCCACGGCCGGGGGCCAGCUGAGCUCCCAGCUCCAGGCUGCAGCCCACCACCGCUCAAGCCAGGUGUCCUCCUCCAGCUCCACCCUUAGUCUACUGUUCGGCAAGAGGAGCUUCUCCAGCGGCCUUGUCAUCUCUGGCCUGUCGGCAGCCGAGGGUGGUAACACCACGGACACGCAGUCGUCCAGCAGCAUUAACAUCACCAUGGGUGGACCCUCCAUGGGUGGACCCUCCUGCCGGUCCACCAGCAGAGCCGCGCAGUGGACAUCAGAGCCCUACGAGAGUAUAGAUGCAACCUACUCCAACACUCCCAAUGGCGUGAAAGACAACACACCGUCAAAAGAUAAAGGCUGCACACAGGGCGCGGAUAAGAGCCAGGAGGACACAACAGCCUCUGCAACCCAUAAACUCCCAGAGCAAAUGACUAUCUGAGAGCACCAACACAUGCCUCACUCCGCAGCAUGUUCAGCCCCAGUGUUCUGAAUGUAAACAACAAUGUCCUUUGCUCCAGUGACAAAAUAAAGAAUUUUUAUGAAAAACACAUUGUUCAUUAUCUUACGCCAGGGAGGGUUGUCCAAACGGUUAUGAAUUAUGUGUUAAUAGUGUUCUAAAAUCUCCAACACAACAGAUUAAUUACCAGUGGUGGAAAAAGUACCCGACUGCCAUACUUGAGUAAAAGUAAAAAUACCUUUAAUAGAAAAUUACUCAAGAAAAAGUGAAGGUCACCCAGUAAAAUACUAUUUGUGUAAAAGUCUAAAGGUAUUUGAUUUUAAAUAUACUUAAGUAUCAAAAGUAAAUGUAAUUUCAAAAAUAUACUUAAGUAUUGAAAGUAAAAAAUAACGUCAAAUUCCUUAUAUUAGGCAAAGCAGACGGCACAAUUUAAAAAAAAUUUUUACGGAUAGUCGGGCACACUCCAACACUUGACAUAAUUUACAAAUGAAGCAUUUGGGUUUAGUGAAUCCGCCAGAUCAGAGACAAUACGGACGACCAGGGAUGUUCUCUUGACAAGUGUGUGAAUUGUACCAUUUUCCUGCCCUGUUAAGCAUUCAAUAUGUAACGAGUACUUUUUGGUGUCAGGGAAAAUGUAUGGAGUAAAAAGUACAUUAUUUUAUUUAGGAAUAUAGUGAAGUAAAAGUUGUCAAAAAUAUAAAUAGUAAAGUACAGAUACCCCAAAAACUACUUAAGAAGUAUUCUAAAUAUUUUUUACUUAAGUACCUUACACCACUGUUAAACACAUUCAAAGAUUGAGUCAUGUUCACGGUGUCGUUGGAUCACUGGAUUCAUUCCACACUGGAGUGUGGACAAGAAUCACUUCUGCUAUUUGCACCACAAACAGAUCACUUCAAGGAUAUCUGGUGCAUGAGAUAUGGACGGCUUUUAUGGACUGAUGUUCAUUUCACAACACACCCAGCGUACCAAUAAAACAAAUCCAACAAAUA